AUGGAAAACAUGUGUCUUAUUUUACACGAUGUAAAUCCCUAUUUAUAUACAAUAUUUGGUGGAUUCUGGUAUUACAUCGGUGUUCGGGUACACCUGGACAUCAUGUGGAACGUCACCUUCAUUUUGGUGCUCUCAUCGCAGGCUCUCUAUUAUUACAACUAUAGAAAUGGCAUAAAACCCACAUUCCUUCGUGUGUUUCAAAUGAUGUCGGGCUAUAUAUCGCCCAAUUCUGUUGGCCUCACGAAUGGCACCGAAAUCCGUGCUUUACUUAAGAGAUCGAAAAGAUUGCUUGAAUUGACAAAAUUGAAUAACGAGAUCGCGAUUCCUAUACUCAGCGCCGAUGUUAUGCUUUUCACAUAUAUUAUGAAUUGUUCCCAAUGGGAGACUUGGCUUUACGGCGUUCCCAACACUAUAUACUAUGUGUUAAUUAAGAUUAAAUUCAUAUCCAAAACACUGUCGGAUAUCCAACGAAGACGUUAUUAUGGAAACGUAAACAAUGUUAUGAAGUCAUUGGACGCUAUAUUUGAUGAGAUCGAUGAAUACAACACCACUUUUUGGUCUAAAUUUAUAUGUAUUUUUUGGUUCACAAUCGGCUCAUUCACCGUUAUCUUCCUCUAUAUCUUACAAACAAUGAUAGAACGAUUGGCUGAGAAAAAAGUGGGCUUUUCCUGUUGGAUAUCUUAUCACUGUUUGGCGUAUUAUUUCUUAAAAUAA